CCUUUUCACUCACUCUUUCUCUCUGUCUCUCUGUGUCUCCCGAAGUGGACUGGAGUGUGUUGUUCCCGAUGCAUAAUUUCCCCCAGAAUGGCCUGAUUUGCGUCGGUCUCUGGGUUAAUGAGCUGACAGUUUAAGGUUUUUUCCGCGCCAAGGAUUUCUUGCGGGUUUCGGGACUUCGCGGCGGGAGUUUUUAUGGCAGAUUGCGCACUGAGGUAGCUAAGCUAGCUCCCUUUCGACAGUGAUGGUGAGGCUGUUGUUCGUAUCGGCAAUCUGGGGUGGACGCUGAUGCUGCGAGAACCUUGAGAAGCAGGCCUAGGGCUCGUGCUGUGUUCUUGGAGGAUCGUGAGGUCAACAUUGAUUAUUAAUCUUCAUAAACCCUCCAGGAUUAGUGAUGAGACUGUCGAGUUCACGGGUGUAGCAUUUCCAAUUCGGUAUUGGUAUGGUGCAGGGUUUUGUAUUUUGCACGGGUUGUUAUAUUGACGACUAAGUGGGGGCACAGAGAAGUUUUAGAAUCCCAGUGGUCCGGCGUCGUGAUUUUGGCGAAUACAUUCCAGGCAAAAUAGAUACCUCAGAGGAUCCCAUUUUGGCCAUGGGGGACCAUGAUGACGAGGAGCUCCAACGGGCUUUUCGAAUGAGUCUGCAGCCUGCCCCAGAUGCCAAGCGUAGUAAAUCUUGGGACGUUGCUGGUAGCACUGAGUCGCCGGAAGCCAUGGACCGUCGAAUUCAGCGUGAGCUUCGUGCUGCGGCAGCAGAACAAAGGAGAGUUUCUGCCGUUGGUAUCCUCGAUCCAUCUUCUUCUGUUUCGGUUGACAGUACCGUUGCUUCACCCUUCACCAAACUCAGAACUCCGACGAAGCUGACGGAUCGGGAGGAAGGACUUGCGUCAUUACGGGAUGAUGCUGAGAAGGCGAACGUAAAUAGAGGAAAGAGGAGGGUGGAGGAAGAGCGACAACAGCUGCCGUUGCGAUUGGCGGAGCAGUUGUAUAUGCUGGUGUUUGGUGCCAAUGUCUCUAAAGAUGUCCUCUGUCAAUGGUGUCACCAAGGCUUUAGGUUCAGUCCUGAUCCGGAGACAUCGUUAGGCCUUGUACAGAAGGAAGGAGGACCUUGCGGAGUGCUGGCUCCAAUCCAGGCGUUGGUUUUGAAGUACCUGUUAUUUGCGACGGAAGAUGAGAAGGACAUUGGUAUGAAAAGCAAACCUACCUUGCGAUCUUCCCCUUUGAAGCCACUUCAGACGGGCCAUAGUGAUGCAGCCAACGUUAAGCUGAUAUUCUCAGAUACUCAAAGGACCUGGGCCCUUGUUCAGGCUAUGGGUGAGACGCUUUGGCACGCGGGAGGUAAACGAAAAGCUGUGGUUGCUGUAUUAGACAUUCCUGAAAUGUACGGCGAGUAUGGCAGCAAUGAACACCAACUGGAUAAGGCUAUUGCGAAGGCGUUGGAAGCGCUCUGCCUUGGCUCUGGAAAGGAUUUGCACAGAUUGAUCAGAGUGUCUACAGUGACGUCCAUUUCCACACUUCACCAGCAACUUCGCAGUUCGCUGCCUGGAUUCAGAAGUCCAUGGGGUGCUCUCCUACUUUUGUUCUCUCUACUCUUGUCAAGAGGCCUUGACUUGGUUUACUCAGACAGGGAUGAUCCUGCCCAACCGAUGGUCACAUCUCCAUUUGGUCAUGCCUCUCAGGAAAUUGUGAAUCUUCUGCUUUGCGGACAGGCCGUGCCCAAUGUUUUUGAUAACAACAUGGACUUGGGUGGUGUUAGUAUAAAAGGAAUUUCAACUAAUUGUGAAGUUGGUUUCCUCACACUCCUUGAAUCGCUCAACUUAUGCCAAGUUGGACGCAAUUUGAAAUAUCCCAAGUGGCCUAUUUGGGUCAUUGGGAGUGAGUCACAUUACAGUAUUUUGUUUGCCCUCGAUCCCUCAGUGCAAGAUGAAACUGACACUGAAGAUCAUGAGGUACGAGUGCGUCAGGCGUUUGAUGCCCAUGAUCAAAGUGGCGGUGGAGGGUUCAUUAGCCCUGAGGCUCUUCAGCAGAUUCUAAUUGACCUCAACAUCCAAAUGCCACAGGAUGUGCUGAACAACCUCUUUAGCAGUGACAUUGUAACAUGGAAUGAGCUAUGGCAGGCUCUUAUGCAGAUUGACAAGAGCAAGGGUGGAUUGAAGGACUCUGGUACUGUUCUUAACAAGCGACAGUUUGAAGUUUUUCAUUUUAACGGUAUUGCCAAGACAGUGGCCUCUAGCGGAGAUGUGACUCAGCAACGGCCGCGGUUGACAAGGGUUCGGGUAUCUGUUCCUCCUAAGUGGACCCCUGAUAUAGCCCUGGUGGAGGAGUAUAAGGCUAUGGAGCAAAGCGAGGUCGCUCAAGGCUCUGCAGCCGUAGUCCCAGAACCUGCUCAGCAUGCACCCCUUGUUGAUUGCAUACGCACGCGGUGGCAACGCGCAACGUGCAACUGGACCGGUGAUAGCCCUAGUAUCGUGUAACAAUUCUGAUUUAGUCUCUUUACCAAAUUACUAAUUUGCGGUACCCUCCCCCCUUUUCUCUGGUAGACAACUUACAGGGUUCUGGUAGAUCCCCUGAUCAUCUCCCAGAUGAAUCGGUCUUGACAAGUAGCUCAGUUUCCUUUCACAGGGUGUGCUUAAUUGUGAUAUUUUUCCCCUAUGAGUAGUUGUGCUGCUUGAGACUUGCAGGUUUACCUACUGAUUCAAAUGUCGAUUACCAACUGAUUUUUCGCAUGUUACCAUGUUUUGUUUCAAUGUAUACAUUUAGCUAUUGUGGAGUAA